AUGGAUUCUCGCGGUAAAGAAAUAAAAAAAUCUAAGAAGAAAAAAUACACUUUACCUGGAUCAAGUCAGCUUCCUCCACCUACACCAAAUAUGAGUCCGCCUCCUAUGCCUCCUCGUCCUUCCAUGCCAGCUUCACAGUCAUCUUACUUUUUCAAAGUCCCUCCCCCGUCUAGCUCGCUUCAGUAUUACUCCAUGCCUUCUCAUGGUGGCUCAGCUUCGACCACCAUUAAUUUUAUACCCACGCCUCAUUUUCCAGCUUCUUCCCUGCGUGAUCCUGCUAGUCAGUUUGGUGGCUCACCACCGAUUGCAUCCCCGAGCCAUCAUAGUAGUCAGCAUGGUGGUUCAUCUUUUGUGCCUCAUAUAUCGCCCACUCAAUUAUCAUCUCCAUCAUCAUCCACUCUAAGUAUAUCUAACUUGGAUAUUGGAGGCUCUCACGCAGCUGCAUCCCUAUCUACCCGUACUUCUAUAAUUGCUGGUAUCGUGAGACAAUGUAUUGGAGGGACUGCCACGCAUAUGGUGAUGGAAUCUAUGAAGCCAUGUUUUCAUGAGCCGUGGAAUUCCUCGAGAAAGAUACCGUACCAUAUCAGAAUGAAUAUCUGGCAACAAUUUAAGGUUAGGUGUGUAUGGCAGCCUACACUUGAAAACCUGGUGAAUGAAAACUUCGAGAAGAGAGCACAGAAGUGGUUAACAGAUUCACAUCAUAUUGCUAGGAGAGGUGGCACCAGGCCUAAUUGGAUAUGUGAAGAUAUCUGGAGUCAGCUCUUGGCAAAGUGGAACACCCCUGAGUGGAAGAAGAAGAGUGAACAGGCAAAGUUAAACAGCGUUUCUACUAAGGGUGGAGCGUUGCAUACUGGAGGUUCUAUUGGUUUUGCAGCCCAUCGUUUCAGAAUG